AUGAGGCUUACCAGCAUGAUGAACAAACCAGUGAGUAGAAUCAUAUCCAGAUCAAUUUCUAGCGUUCCACUAUCAUACGAAUUGCUACGUGGAGGUAAUAGUCAGCAGCCUAUAGUCAUAUUACAUGGCUUAUUGGGCAAUAAAGGGAAUAAUAGACGUAUAGGUAAGAAUUUAAAUGAACAAUUACAGAGGGAUAUAUAUUUGGUUGACUUAAGGAAUCAUGGCAACUCACCUCAUUCAAAACCACAUAAUUACGAUUCUAUGAGUAACGACGUGAUAAAUUUUGUCGAUAAGCUUGAGAUGAAAAGUCCAACUGUUAUUGGACAUUCCAUGGGGGCUAAAGUUGGGAUGUCAAUGGUGUUAAAGAAGGCAAGUGUUGCAUCGGGCUUGAUAUGCAUAGAAAACUCUCCUGUUUGCACCGCUCCAAAUGGUAAAUUUUCUGAAUAUGUCAGGACAUUGCAGAAGAUCUGUCAAGAUAGUAGUAUACGUAGUAUGACAGAUGCAGACAAAAUGCUUUCAAGUGUAGAAAAUGAUAAAUUCAAGCGUCAGUUUCUGUUAACAGUAUUGAAAAGAGACAAUGAUAACAAGAUAACCUCUAAAGUCCCAUUAGACAUUCUGAGAGACGCAAUCAUUAAAGGCUACAUAUCAGAAUGGCCCUUCGAUCCGAGACACGACAGAUGGACGGGCCCUACACUGUUCAUAAGGGGCACCGAAUCUCCUUUUGUAGCGGACGAAUAUAUUCCCACAAUAGGUCAAUAUUUCCCCCGAUUCGAAAUCAGAGACGUUGAAGGUAACCAUUUCAUCAACGCUGUCAAACCAGAUGAAUGUAGCGACUAUAUACUAGACUUCAUCACCCGCAACGACCUCUAA